AGCUGCUGGUGAGAAGCAGAACAGUUUCUCUGCUGUUCCAGAUUGACCUCAGUCAGCCGCUGGUGUCCCAGGGACCCUUCGACGUCAUCGUCCACAAGCUGUCUGAUGUCAUUGUGGAUGCAGAACACGACAGCCAGUCACAACAGCUUCUCACCAACUUCCAGAGUUAUAUGUCAGCCCAUCCUAGUACUGUUGUUCUGGAUCCUCUGCCUGCUAUGACCCGGCUGCUAGACCGCUUUGCUUCCUAUCGGAUCAUGAGCAAACUGCACAAUUCACUCCGAGACUGGAAGAUCUGCAGCCCUCCCUAUCUGGAGAUCCACAGUGCCGGUGAUGUGUCGUCCAUCCAGCAGGCCGUGGAGGCCCAGGGCCUCGGCUUCCCUCUCAUUUGUAAAACCAGAGUGGCCCAUGGCUCACUUUCCCAUGAGAUGUCUCUGAUCUUCAGUGGAGGAAGUCUGGCCGAUAUCCACCCACCAUGUGUGCUGCAGAGCUUUGUCAACCACGGCGCGGUUCUACACAAAGUGUUUGUGGUGGGAGACCGACACUUCUGUGUGGAGAGACCCUCACUCAAGAACUUUCCUUCGGGCCCCUGUGACAGGAAGACCAUUUUUUUCAACAGCCAUGAGGUGUCCAAGCCAGAGUCCAGCUCCCACCUCACAGCGGUCAGUAUUACCAAAGAACAAAACCCCAAAAUCUCGGAGGCUGUGGCGGCUCUGGUGAAGGAGCUCCGAGCUCAGCUUGGCAUGGCCCUGUUUGGAGUGGACGCCAUCAUCAACAUCCACAGCCACACCCUCACCGUCAUCGAUAUCAACAUCUUCCCGGGCUACGAGGGAGUCCCCCACUUCCUCUCUUCUCUACUCACCUAUAUCGAGUCGCUGCUGGAGAGAGGAGCCGCCGCUGACCCCCGGCCUGCCCGAUGUCCCAGCUCUCCGCAGGCCGCAGGUGGCCAGUCGGCUCCGGCAGCAAACACCAAGACCGCCCCCGCAGCGGGCCGCUGA